ACUGUCAGCGUGAAGAGAGGUGGUGUGGUGGUGGGGGGCGGCGGAUAGAUCUUGACCGACGCCACACGGCCGGACGCCGACAAGCACCCUACAAAUCAGGACACCACCACCUCCCUGCCGGAGUCGUCGGAGCUUCGCAGGGCAGGGCACCUCCCCGUUCUCACUCCACCAUCACCACCCCCAGAUCCCCUCUUCCUCGCUGCCGACACCCACCCACCAACGAACCAGCCACAGCGCCCCCGCGCGUCCGCGGCGGCGGUCACACCACAAGCCGCCGCCAUGUCGCCUCCCUCCACCGCCCCGCCGCCGCCCUCCGCCCCGGCGGCCACCAAGCCGCGCCCGCGCCACCCCCUGGGGCUGGACUCCCUCGCCUCCACCAGCCGGCCCCUCUUCGCCGCGGCCCGCCGGUCCCCGGUCGCCACGCUCGCCUGCGCCAUCGCCCUCCUCGCGCUCAUCAUGUACGGCGAGGACGCGCGCACCAUCGCCGAGCUCUCCAUCGACGACUACCUCUACCCGGACGCCGACAUCUACAACGUCUCCGGCCUUCCCCCCAUCGAGCUGCCCCCGCCCACCUGCGACCUCGCCCACGGCCGCUGGGUCUUCGACAACGAGUCCCUCCCCCUCUACCGGGAGAAAGAGUGCAACUUCCUCACCAAGCAGCUCACCUGCCUCGCCAACGGCCGCAACGACGAUUUGUGGCAGUACUGGCAAUGGCAGCCCAACAAUUGCUCCCUCCCCACGUUCGACGCCAGGAGGUUCAUGGAGAGGAUGAGGGGGAAGCGGCUCAUGUUCGUGGGGGACUCGCUCAACAGGAACCAGUUUUACUCGCUGGUGUGCAUGGUGCAGUCCAUCUUGAGCAAGGGGAGGAAGAAGGUGGUCAAACGGGGAUCAAACACCAUCUUCCACGCCAAGGAGUACCGCGCCACGCUCGAGUUCUACUGGGCGCCAUUCCUUGUCGAGUCCAACUCUGACGACCCCAAUAUCCACAGCAUCGAGCACCGGAUCAUACGGCCCGAGAGGAUCGAGGGACACGCCCAGUAUUGGAGGGGUGUGGACUACCUCAUCUUCGACACCUACAUCUGGUGGAUGAACACCGCCGACAUCAAAGUUCGGAGGCCAGAUUCAAGGUCUUGGUCGGAGCACGACGAGGUGCCGAGGAUCGAGGCAUAUGGCCGGGUGCUCAAAACGUGGUCGGACUGGCUGAAUGAGAAUGUCGAUCCGGCGCGGACAUCCGUCUUCUUCAUGACAAUUUCUCCUAUUCACAUCAGCCCAGAUAAAUGGGGAAACCCCCACGGGAUCAAAUGCGCCAAGGAGACGCUCCCGGUGCUCAACUACACGGAGCCCCUGGACCUGAACCACGACAUGCGGUUGUACGACAUGGUGGCGAGCACGGCCAGGUCCAUGAAGAAAGUGCCGGUCACGCUCAUCGACAUCACCAGGAUGUCGGACUACCGGAAGGACGCCCACACGUCCGUCUACUCCGUCCGGCGGGGCUACCUGCUCACCCCGAAGCAGAAGAACGACCCUCAGAACUUUGCCGACUGCAUCCACUGGUGCCUUCCCGGCGUGCCCGACGUCUGGAACACGGUGCUCUACACGAGGAUCUUCUCCAAAUCGCCCCCUUCUUCGCCGCCGGCUCUCACCCUCCCGCCUCCCCAGUGAGAGAGACGCGGAGCCCCUCCAUAGCAAGUGUCUUCUUGUUCAAUCUUUUCUUUCUUUGGUGGUAGUCCGGGUAAAGGCUAGUAGAGGAGAAGAAUGUGGUGGGCUGUUUACUGAUGGCAUGUAAAAUCGUUCAAUUGAACUGUAAAUUAGUUUUGACCUAACCAGUUGAGCAGGCUUCGUUAUACUAGUAAACAGCUGCACUUGUGUUGGAUCCAUAUAGGAGGCGUCAAACAACAAACUGUGUCGUAUACAAAGAAAGAUUGUGACUGCUGA